CAACCGUGCUUCUAGCUUCUAAAUAACCGAUUCACAUUUCACCACCGAAGUACGAAAUCAAAAAGGAAUAGGAAAACCCAAGCGUCCGCAAAAUCCCUGAAAGUGCAAAUAUUUCAACUAAUUGUCACAAAUAAUAAAGGCUGGAAUAUAGAAAAGAGGAUGACUACUACAACGACUCCGCAGCAGCUGCACCAGCAACAGCAAAUGCGUAUUGCACUCUCAGAAAUACCUAGUCGCUUGGAGGCUUUACGUUUUGCGAGUGGUGGCGCAACGACACCAACAGCACCAAAUCGGCAUAGCCCGAAUGAGCCAACGCCAGCAACAAUAUUUAACACCCCCCAUCUCUUAGACAACACUACGAAUGUAGCACUUUCUCAGGAUAAUAUGUCUCCAAUGCCCUCGCCGGAUGAAAUGAUUAUACGCCAACGCGGUCGACGACGUUUUAAUACUUGUCUUUCUCCAGACGCAGGAAGUACGCCACUACGUAUGCCCUUCCAACGUACACCAACAAAGGUGCCACUAAGUACGAGCAUGAUCUUGCGCAGUUCACCCCGUAAGCGCCUUACAAUGGGUAGCACGCCUCCAGCACCUGAAUCACCAGUAAUGGCUUCUCCAACGAAGGCGAAACAGCAGUUAUGGCCACCAGGUACACCGUUGGCAAAAAAAUUGCGACUUGACGAUGAAGAUAGCAAUAAACCAAUUGCACAAAUGAAUGGAGAAACACCAUUGCCUAUGUUGUUGAAAGGUAUGUCGCAACAACAGCUUAUUGAACUAAUUGUUGAAGAGUUAGUGGCGGGAGACACAAAAACGGAGGAGCGUUUGCGGUCACGGCUGCCCAUUCCAGAUAUAAAUCCACUGGAAGAAGAAUUAUUGCACGCUAAGCGACAAAUAUUUCGCUCUCUACCUACUUCGCGCCUUUGUAAGAAGACAGACAGCAGCGCUUAUUCGCGUGCAGCGCUGCACCUCACGCUGCACCUCAGUGAAUUCAAACGUCUACUCUGCGGGCACGCCAAACAAUUAUAUGACUCAGGAAAUUGGGAUGCAUUACUGGACUACAUCACCAUGGCUUGGCCCAUUGUACGUGCGACACCGUACUGGGAUAGCGCUACACAUAAUGUAAUGCGACGCCAGUGCUUCAAGCUGCUGGCAUGCCAUUGCAUUGCAGCGUUGAAAAAUGGCGGAGCACGUUUGGGAACAAUACGUCUACAUGCGGUCGAACGAAAUUUACUCGAAUGGACCCGAGACUACGAAGAUGUACAAUCAUGUCUGAGUGCAUUGAACAAAGCGAUUGCAAAGGGGCGCGCAACGCUAUAGUAUUUUCCUGUUCGUUAUAUACAAUAAGUAGUUGUAGGAUUUUUUAACUAAGGACUUAAGCGAGCGCGCACGUUAAUGAGCCGUAGUUAUCCGCAUGAUAGUUAGUUUUUAAAUGUUUUCCUUUUAAUCUAUAUAUACUUUUUAAAUAGAGCGUAUUUAUUUUAAAGUUGCCAUACACUGCAUGAAAUUUUUAAAGCUGUAUAAACUGGCUAAUUGUGAUCCUAAAGACAAGUGACUAAAGCAAUCACAACUUAUUGAUAAACUCAUAAAAAAACGUAUGUAUUUAGGUUUGCCUAUGUAUUCCUAUAUGUAGUUUUUAAGUUCAAUCGACAUUAUAUUUGUACAUACUUACAUAAAUACAUAUUAUGGAACCAUUGAGUCGCGGCAGGGUGAUGCAUGCACAUCUUGCUUAGUAUCGAAAAUAUUUCAGCUACAUUUGUAAACAGCAAACGAACAAAUUAAUUGUUUAAUGUUUAAGCCAUAAAAAGUACGCUUUUCUUAACAUACAUUUUACAUACUGCUCAUUUAAAAAUCAGCCAUAUUGCAUGCCUUCAUUUUAUUUUUAAGCAAAAUCAUAUUGAUACUUACAUUUACUCUUGGUAUUAUUAUUUUUAGUAUUUUAAUAAUUUUAAGUUAAAAAAUGUUGCUUUAUUAAAAUACGGCGGCACGUUAUUUUAUCCCACUGCGGGAGCGAAUGAUUAAAUACUAAUUCUUUUAUUAAUACCGUAUAUGUGUAAUUUACUUUAUUUUUUCAUGUCAUAAUUUCAUGUUUACUAUGCUUGCACAAACUGUUAAA